AUGGGGCUUGCGCUGUGGCUUGUUCCGCGCAGCUCGGGGUUCAGCGAUGCGGUGCGAGACGAGAUGGCGCGGCUGCGGGCUGCGAACGCUGGUGUGAGCUCGGGCGAGUUUGGGAUCCACGCGACGCUGCUUGCGGGCUUGGGGGAUAGAGAGAUCAGUGGGGAGGCGUUGAGGGAUGUUGCUGACGAAGCUGUGAAGGCGUGGAAGAAGCAGCACGCAGGGGAGCUAGAAGGGGGACUCACCGUCGGGCUGAAGGACGUCACAACCAGAGGGUCCUACUUCCAGUGCAUCCUCAUCGCCCUCGCCCAAACCCCUGCCCCCCUCGCGCUCAACACCAUCACCCGCCGUCACGUAGACCACCACUUUCCCCCACCAGAUCCCCCCGCCUCAAGCGAAGCCUACUUCCCACACAUCUCACUCCUCUACGCCUCGCUCUCGGCCACCGAAGCGCAGACUCAAAUCCAAGAUAUGCGCCAACAGCGAAUCUUUACAGAUCUCGGAAAGGAAGCCAUCAGCUUCAAAGGCUUCCCGCAGGUCACGUUCGCAGCGGUCGACGUGUACGAUUGCACGGGCAAGCCUGAGGAUUGGGUCAAGUUGCAUUCCAUCCCUCUCUGA